UUUCGAUGGAACGAGAACCAUCCAACCGUCCGAGAAGCUCCAACGGCCAGGCGCCCACUUCCAAGCACACAGUCUGUCGUUGUCGGUCGGUCGUUCGCUAGUCGUCCUCAUCGCGUUGUGUCGUGUGUUCCGUGCCAACGUUCUUUUUUUCCUGGGGUGGUGGAUCUGCAUUGCGUGGAAGUUACCGUAAUCGACCUGACCUGUGUCCGCCGCACCCCACACUGGUUGGGAAUAGUGGAUCGCCGGAAGUGUGCGUUUUGAUAUCUGCUAACUAGGACAAGCUCUAUCCCCAGUCCCCGGAAGAAGAAGAAGAAGGAUUACAGAAGAAAUGGCUGUGCUGCAAUCGAUAAUCCUGGCCAGUGUCCUGCUGCUGUCGAUCAUCGUGCAAAAAGGUGAUGCGAUCCGAUGCUUCACGUGCAACAGUGCGGAUGACUCGAUGUGCUCGUACGAUAAGCCUCCGUCGGACAUGCUGGUUGACUGCGACACCCACAAGGAUGGCAACAAGUACACCUUCUGCCGGAAGAUCGUCCAGUCGAUCGAGUUCUCCGUCAACAACCUGCCCCCAGAUACCAGAAUUAUCCGUGGUUGCGGCUGGGAUGAAUCGUCCUACAAGGGCAAGUGCUACCAGCGUUCUGGUUUCGGCGGCCGUCAGGAGGUCUGCGCCUGCUACGAGGACAGCUGCAACGGUGCAUCAUCGGUGCAGGUCACCCUCGGAUUGGUGUUGGCAGCCGCACUUGCAUUCCUAGUUCGUGCUUAAUCCCAUUGAACGACCGUGACGUGUGACGCCGUGGGCCGCCAUUUUGGAACCGCCGAUAGUAGCUUUAUUUUUUUUUGUUUAUGUUGGUAGUGCUACGAAAUGGACAAGCGAGAACACUCUGCCACACCUAGCUUUUUUUCGUCAUUUGAAAGUUCGCCGCAGCGAACAUUUUACUUUAUAUUUCAGACAGAAGUCCGAAAUUGUGCGCCGUGUAAGAAAUAGUGUAUCAAAAAUUCGAAAUCUAGGUACUUUCAAAUCUCUGGACGACAGUAUAAACUGCAAACAACAGUGAAGCAUAUGAUAUAAUGAGUCAACACAAGCCGAGUUCGGUAGUUUAGAUGCUAAUUGUCAUCAAUAAAUGGUUGCUUAGUUGACCAGCGAUAAUGAUCAUGCGAAAAAAACAGCAUCCACUGAAGAAGCAAAUACCGUUAAAUAGUCAAUAGAUUUAUUUUUUUAAUUAUAUCGCCAUAGUAUUGUUAGAAACUAGGUUCAAAUUACAUCUUGCUGUAUAAGUGAGGUAUCUUGGAAACUUUCCGUGCUAGAUAGACUGGAAUAACAAAAUGACGAAUUCUGAUCAACUUGAACAAUGAAAUAACUAGCAAGUAUGAUGCCGACUGGAAACCAUGGUGUCAAUUGACAACAUUGCUGUUAAUUGACUAUUAUGGCAGCUGUUGAUUUCCACUUGAUCAAUUCCGUGACUUCCUGGUAAGGUCAUUACUGAACAACACACAGGGUAAUUUUUCCUUCACUUAAUUGUAUGCAUCUAGCUUAAACUAGUGUAUAUGACUUAAGUGUUGUGUCUUCCCUCCAUUAUCUGCCAUUCCUCCGAGAUCUUUUACAAAUUUCAUCAUGUCUUUUGGGAACAUUUCGUCUUCUCUCUUAUUCCAGUCUGGCAAAAGGUAAGCACUUUGUCUAGCUAAAGACGGUUCAGGCUGUCAAAUGGCUUAUCUGACCGAACAUUGGCGUCGGUUCCGUCCCGAAAACAGAUCAAAACAACCAUAUUGUGUUCGGCUAAGGGUGCGUUCGGUCAGAUGGCGUUAUUUGACACAUACAGUUGCCAGUUGAAAUUUCGUCGUUUUUAUGGAAAGUAAUCUUUUGUAAAUAUUCGUACCCCCACAGCUGUGUGGGCGGUCUGGUUUUAAGUUUAGUAGCAAUCGUAGAAUAGUCGUUAAGGAUUUCGAUUCUGGAAUUAUGACUCUAAUUAGUUCUGAAAUCGUUUCGAAUUACUUUCACAUCUUCUACCUACAACACCGAAGCAACAAUAAAGUUGAUUAUCGAAUAGAAACUGGAUUUUUAUUUGUUCGACAUUAUGCCACUAAAUAUGUUCAUUCCAUGCUUUCGUUCCUGCUAUAAAAAAAUAACGAAACAUCAAAGCAGUGCUGCCAGAUAUCUGUUUUUGUCGUAUAACAAGCUAGUCAGUAUAACUUAUUAUACCGAUGGAAAACGCAGUAAGUGUCGUUUACCAUGACAUGGUACAGAACGAAGAAAACUAAUGUCUGCUAAAAUCUUUAUAAAUACUAGGAUGCUAAGGGAAUUCGGAUAAAGGGUUUCUACUAGCGGCACCGGACUGUGAGUGAAAAAAAAGUGAUUGAUAGUCGUCAAAACGGUGUCAAUAUACCGACGACAAUGAAGCCUUUUUGUUCACCAGUCGUAAUUCUCCUUCCUGAAAAGGAUCCACACCUACGUUAAAACUACUAGUAGCUAGUGAGCACUCCACCAAUUAUAGCUGAAUUUUUCACCUUGCCUUUGACAAAUUGAUAAUAAGUUCCAUUCUUCAGUCCGAAAGAGCUACGCUCUAAAAGCAAGUAAAAGAGUCAUUAUAUUUUAUCAAUUGGGAUUGAUUUUUGAAGAAAACGAAGAAAAAAUGGUAGAGUUUUAAGAUUUAAAAUAGUGUUAUGUAAGAAAAAAAAAUAUUUAAAAAAAUAAACGAAAGAAUAUACUGCUUUAUACGCUGAUAAAAUCGAACUAUUAAUAAUACAAUGUUAGAGAUUAAUGAAAGAUUGUUUGGAGAUAAAACCAUAAAAAUUACAAUUACGAACUUGUAGGGCUAAGAUAAAACAUAAGAAAAAAAAUUAAAAAUUAAAAGAGUCACUCACUAUCAAAUUUAUUUUCCAUUGAGUCGAAAUGUGGGGCCCUGGAGUGCUGACUUGCUUGGUUCAUUUGUGACGACCAAGCGCAGACCAAUCCAGGCCUAGGUACUAGAUUUUCCCGUUUUCCGUGAGCCGAGCACCGGAAACAGCUCGGUUUCAUUCAUCCAGUCGGCCUACUUCAAUCGCAACAUUAAAAUCAAAAUACUGUACGUGGAUUUUAUAAUGUCCAGAUAUUUUCCGUUCACGUAUCCCUUGAUCUAACGAAAAUAAACGUAUGAUACCGUGUACCCCCGUUGGUUUGACAUGAUCUAAUCUGUCCCCUCUGUAAUUCUGCACAUCGUUCAAAUUAGAAUGGCUCAAACGUCAUUCUGCGCAUGGAACGAGGUGAAACCGAACGAAGAAUAAAAAAAAAUAAGCAAAGAAGGUUACCAGAAUAAUAUUUUUCAAAAGUUCAUAGGGUUACUCAAAGUUGCCGCCCAAAAUAACGGGGAUACACGGUAUCAAUAAAAGAAGUGACAGGAUGAGCUGCCAUCUUUGAAUGGACGUAGAUAUUUACUAAAAAUCAUGGAGACGAAAGCUCUCGGAAAUUCCAAUAACGAACAUACUCAAAUUUGAAAAAAAAAGAAAAUGGUUGCACACAAUUUUAAGGAAAAUAAAUAAUGAACAAUUGGUUUUUAGUUCUACGAAACUACC